UGUAGUAGCUGCAGGAGACCUACAGAGUGGGAGCCACGGUCAGACCACCAAGGUCUUGCAGCACCCUGGGCCUGCUACACUGUCUCUUAGCAACUACUUCUAGAGGCUGGGCAAGGAUGUGAUGGGACCAGUUUUUAAAACAAAACUUGGAUUCUGGCAGCCUAGCAGGCCACCUAUCCCAACACAUCAUUUAAACAUACGGUGAAGUGAUUGAUUCAUUGAGGUCACAUGGAGAAGGAGACAGAAGAGGGGGUCUGGUGACCUUGAAAAAGAUUCUUGGCAGCUGUUUUUAAAACCUGUAAUGCAGUAUGGAGGCCUGGCAUCUCUGCCUUUGUCUGUGUGUCUGUCUCAUUUACUUGAUCACCUCUGCAGGAUGGCAUGCUAAUCACUGGAGGAGGGCCUGUCUAAUAUCUCCCUUCAAAGCUGAAGGCCUGGAACUGAGUCAUCUUGUUCUGAGUGAACUGUCAGUGAAGUACAGUGAAGUACAGUUGGACACGUUUGUCGUUUUAAAACACCAGGAUUCACUGACUCGUGAUAAAUUCAUGAGCUUUUUCAGUCUCCUUAGAGUCUAAGGAGAACAAGGCAGCCAGCCAGACACCCCAUCCCCACCCCAGAUGAGGGCAGUUAUCCACAAUUGUCACACUGGAGCAGAAGUGAUCACUUAGAGGGUAAGCUACCUCACAGGGCUAGAGUUAAGGUGCUGGUGGGCAGGACCACUCUCCUUGGGACUGUUCGAUUACGUAUCCUCUUUUCCCUCAUCUGACCAAAUUCAUCCUCUAUUUGAACCUGAAGCUCUUAUCUGUACCCCACUGAAAGACCCCCCCCUCAUGAUAUCUGUCUGAUUACCCUCAGUAUGUGGUCAGAUUCUUCGCCUCCAUGUCUCAUCACCUUUGUCCAUCUUCAGCAGGAAUCCUAGAAGUAGAAAGAACUCCUGACUCCAUGUUUCAGUUCUGGUAAGUGCCUUCCACACACCCGCUCUUUGUUAACUGACCUCCACUUGCCCAUGGUGUGUUAUAACAGAGGCUAGCUCCACUGACAGGGGGGACUGUGGAUACGGCUUAGUGGUGUACACUUGCCUAGCGUACGAAAAGCUAUGUUCAAUCUUGACACUGAAAAAGAAAUCUGUGGCAAAGCCCCGCUUCUCCUAUUACAACAGUUCCUGCCUAAAACCUGCCUUCUCCACUCUACUCUUCAGUUCUGGCUUUGUUUAAAAAUACUUGCACACACACCCACAAACACAAAUGGUAUUUGCUCACUCCUCACAACCCACCCCUGCUUUCAGAUAGAAAACAGGAUCCCACCGGCAUACAGUCUGACUCUGGCCCUCAAUGAAAGGAAGACACUUGGUAGUAAACCUGCCUACAGAGCAUACCAGCAUCUACCCUGGGUUUUGCCAGCUGUGACUAGGAGGGUGGCUCUUCUUCCUCUAACUUUCCUUCUCUUAAUAGUUUGUUCUCAAACCGCGCUGAGUUUCAGUACAGAGUGUGGGGAGGAGGUAUGGGAGGAGACCUGGUGCAGGAAGGGGAACUGUUCAAAGGCCAAGUUCAGCUCAGGAGGAUCUAAGCCACAAAUUGGCUCACCUUCCAGAAUCAACCUAAGCACACACAGUAUGCGCUCUCGAGGCCACUGGAUAAUUUGUUCCCAUUUCUUGAGUUGAUUUGGGCUCAUCUUGGCUGAGCUCACCGCUCAAGUGCCUGGUCCCCCUUUUUGGUUUUUCCUAUGGUUCCGCCUCAGGACAUACCACCUCCGCUGUUCACUUCCUCAACCUGACAUCCUGGGCCCCUUCUCACUGUCCACAGACUAUUCUUCCCUGGAGGUUUUGCCCCUGGUGCCCUCCUCUGAAGCCUCCCACCUCUUGCAGAACCUACAACCCUUGCCCCUCCUUGCUUGUCUGCCUCUGGAUAGGAGGAACUCCCUGGACUCAUGUAUGCUGCUUCUCCAACAGACCAAGUCUGGGGGAGUCCUCGGCGUGAGAUACUGCUCAGGACACCAUGCUCUGGGGAAGACACAGAAGAGUCACACCCAGGGAGAGCCGCCUCAACAGCUGUGUGUCUAGGGAAGUUGGCAUGGUUUGAAUAGUCAGAAAUCCAAAGCAGGAGCCAUGAAGCCACCAAACUUGUGGGACCUGAAACCUCAGACUGGGGCCACCUAAAUCUCAACUGGGGUCUUCUGCUCUUGUGCUUCUUGGUGUUGGUAUAAACCUCAGAAAAGAGAGUACUACAUGACCAGUUCCAGCACCAGCCAUCAGAUUGGUGUGCUGUAAGCUCUUACCCCUUGCCUGCCAGAGGUGUGUUCCCCAGCCCUACUUUGCACCCAUCUUGUCUCAUGGUUCUUCCUCAGUAACGCAAAAGUUUCCGCUCUCCCUGUUAUGACCUUCUGCUCUUGGGAAGUACUGCUCACUGAAGCCUUACUAUGAAAUUGCUCUCUCGUCAUUUCCUUCCCACAAAAAGCACCUGUCUUUUGAGAGAGCCACAGGUGUGCCACUGGGAAGAGUAAAGUACAGUUCUCUUCAGAGGUGGUCGAUCACCUAUAAUACAAUUGUGUGUGGGAAGAGCUAUGAGAAGGGCUUCCAGAAGCCCCCCGAGUGUUUCCUCAGAAUAACAACCCAGAGAGCCAUUCUGGACACAUCAGCAGGUUUUACUCUAAGUCAUGAGGUGGACACUGACCUGUGCUUCCAGAGGGAAUGGCAUGGUUUACUGAGCAGAGGGAGGUUAGGAGAGUUGCACAGUAGUAGCAGAGAGGGCUGGAACCAAGAGCAGGGUAAUCUGCAGAAGGACAUCUGCAAGCUGACCAAAGGCCUUACCAGUCCCUGCUAGCUCACCUCACUCACCAAGGGUGAUGAACUCACAAAGAUGUCAACAAAGACCUGCUGAGCAGCCAGUCACUCUCCUACCUGCAAAGCAUGGAAGGGCACCUAUGUGCCCAUUUACAGCCCUGCUAAAAAACCAAACCAACCAAACAACAGGGGGCCAGGAUGCUGUCUUCCAGAAGAGGCUCUGUUAGUGACAGGGAACAAAGUCCCCCAGGAGGCCUGCUGCAUUUCAGCUCCAUUUAGACUGUAUAUGCAGCAGCCAAGCCACUGAUGCCAGGAAACUUAAGAGCAGUCACUGUUCUGCUCUGACUGGGAGCAAGGAGCCAGCAGGACGCCUGGUGGGUGGGGCACUUCCGGUCCCUGGCUCGCUGUCAUGGAGUCCGCCUGGUCUUCCCGGGGGACCAGCCUGGGAUCUUCAGACCCGCAGCUGCAGCGGUUCAUGGAGGCAGAGGUGCAGAAGCAGAGGGUGCAGUUGCUCAUCCACCACAUGACAGAGCUCUGCUGGGAGAAGUGCAUGGACAAGCCCGGGCCCAGGCUGGAUGGCCGGGCGGAGCUCUGCUUGGUGAACUGCGUCGAGCGCUUCAUUGAUACGAGCCAGUUCAUCUUGAAUCGACUGGAGCAGACCCAGAAGGCGAGACCACUCUUCUCAGAAAGACUUUCCGACUGAUCUCAGCGUUUCCCCCGCUUUGGAAAAGGGAGAUCCCUGUACUUAGGGUUUCGGAUCCGUCUAUUGCCAGCAAGACUGAAAAUCCUGAAAUCGUCUGUGCCUGAAGGAAGGAAGCAAAGCGCAUGGAGAGGCUGGAGUGAGGAGGCACCAAUCUCUGUCAAGUCACCGUGCACAAAGAGCCUCCUCCUUGGGGGCUGAGAGACGGCUCAGCAGUGAAGAGACUUGUUACUCUUGCAGAGAGCCAGUGGCCAUCUGAUGGCUUUCAACCGUUUAUAACGCCAGUUCUGGCAGACUCAACACCCUCUCCUGACCUAGACACAGAGCACACUUACGUUCACAUAACGGUCCGGAAAGAUGGCUCAGUGAUGAAGACUACGGCUCGCUCUUCCAGAGGACCUGCAUUAAUUUCCCAGCAACCACAUGGUGGCUCACAGCAAUUAUAGUCCAGUUCCAGGGCAUCCAACAGGUCCCCCUCCCUCCUCUGGCACUCACAGGCACUGCACACACUUGGUAAACAGACAUGCAUGCAGGUAAAACACCCAUACACACAAAACAAAAAUAAAGGUCAAAAGACUGUACAUACAAAAUAAAUAUUUAAAAGAAAGGAA